AUGGGGAAGAUUUAUUAUUGCCCCAACACGAUCCCGAUGGACACUGCAGAUCGGGAGUUUGGAGGCCACGGCCACGGUAUUGAGACGUCGCUGUGGCCGCUAAAGAAGAGGGCAUCCAACUAUAGCAGUGGCAGAAUCUCCGCCGACGACCCGUCGCCGUCUAAGAAGAAACGGAUGGCGGAUAACAGUGUCGUUGGUGCCGAGACCAAGGACACCACCGGAGCCUUGGAGGCUCGAGUUCCGCGUCAACGGCACUCCGUGCCAGCGCCAGCUAUAGCUUCACGGGAAGCCGCAGCGGAUCUCCCAGCGCCAGCAGCAGCUUCGGCGGAGCCCGCAGCGGAAGGCAACGACUUGUCCGAGUCCGACGAAGAGAAAAAGCGGUUGAGCAAGGGAAAGUGUCUAGCCAGGGAAGAGAGCAGCCGCAGCCUGGUUACGGUUACGCCGCAGCCGCCGGUGAAGAAGCUGAUGCACGAUGGGAUCCGUAGCUUCGUCCCCCUCCCCCAGCAGUUGCGCGAUGAACACCGUCAUGCCGCCGCCGCCACCGCCGCCGCCGAGGCGGACGACGACGUGCCGUUGCCGUUGCACGGGUCCCCCGCCCUGAGCUCGGCGCUGAAGCGGCGCCUCGCGGAGCUGGGCGCCACGCGGCCGUGGCUGGUGCACAGCAAGACCCUCCACAAGAGCGACGUAGACGAGAACCAGAACCGGCUGCUGGUGUCGUGCAAGCGCGGGAGCGGGACGGAGGACUGCCCCAUCACCCGGUGCUUCUCGCCCGCCGAGCUGGAGCGCGUGAACAAGAAGCACGCCGGGCUGGCGGUCACGGCCCUGGACCGGGACGGCGUCCCGUACGCGCUCACCUGCAAGUUCCUCGACUCCAACAACGGCUACCGGUUCAUCUCCGAGUGGAAGCACUUCCUCAUCCGGAACGGCAUGAACCUGGACUCCCAGAGGCACAAGGUCUGGACGCGCGACGUGGAGGUGGAGCUCCUCAGCUCGACGCCCACGGUAAUGACCAAAGACGAGGACGGCAAGAAGGUUACGGUCGUCCAGCGGGUAUGCCACCACUUGGAUGCGGACGGCGCCCUCGGCCUUCUCCUGCUGCACCACGAGAACAGGAGACGACGCGUCAAGAGCGAGGAGAAGGAGGAGGACGACGAUUGGGAGGGGCCAUCGUCGCCGCCGUCGGUGGCCCGUAAGAAGGGCAAGCAACAAAGUGGCAAGCGGGGCGCGUCGGGGUCGGCGUCACCGGUGGCGCUUCCCGCACCGGUUGCGGAGCAGGGAGAGGCGAGGCGGUCGACGUUCUAUGCUGCGGUCGGACUGGCAAAGCUACGGCGGGCCAUUUGGGAACGGUGGCAGGAACACGCCGACCAAGGACAUGGCGCUAAGGGAUCCAACGACGACGUGGCUAAAUCGCGAGCAGACGUGGAUAGAGAGAAGAUUGAUAAUAAAAAAUAA